UACAACUCAGUCAGCUUUAAAACUUCUCAGUCGUUAUCUACAAUUCUUACCGGCUUCGGCAUAUAAUUGACCCCGAUAAGAGCAACUAUUUUCCCUUUCUGAUAACACCAGCGAAUGCGGUAGCUCACGGUGCUUUCCACAAACAAUAAUUCAGCCGACAUUUCUAAACGGUUUCAUGGAGCUACGAUCCCCAUGCUGUGAGGGUUUUUGCACUGCAGUAUCGCUGUUGCUGUUUGCAUCCAGCAUUUUUGUAGACUUAUCGCUAUGUGGUCUCUAUCUACACCAUCACAAAUACGAGUGCUUCGGCAUGACGCUCAUCAUUUUUGUUCAAUCAACCAUCAUUGUAAACCUCAUGAGUUGGAUUUGGCACAAGAGAGAUGAGGAAACUUCAUGUUGUACCAAAUUUUGGACAAUAUUUCAGCUGGGAGUGCUGCGCAGGCAUUUUCUAAUACUCGGGCUUCUUGCCAAGAAGCACGUGGACAACCCAACACAACAUUCUUUGAAGCGGCAUACGACAGAUCUGCGCCUACUACACCUGUACGAGGCUUUUCUCAAGUCAGGGCCUCAGCUGGUAAUCCAGCUCUACCUUCGGUUUGACACCCAUGAUUGGAACUUGCUCACAGGUGUUUCAGCGUUACUGUCCUUGCUCUCGCUAUGCUGGGCAAUUAUCGACUAUGACAUAGCCUUAUGGCGCCACAUCUUCAAGAGGCCCGGUGGAGUGAUUCUGCACGAAUUUGGGAGGAUCCUUGUGGUGCUGACACGUCUUGUGACUAUGACCAUGAUGGCAAUUGUUAAAGAUAGCGAGGUUUUUUAUUUAUUUGUUUCAAACUGGUUUCUCACGCUGGCGAUUGUUGUCCUGAUGAACCAAGUCGGCGCUAUUUUCAGGUUUCAAAAAUGGGACGAUAUUCUUCACAUGAUGGCGACGUUGGUCGCAAUCACGUUUUCGUUUAUUGAUGUUGGCCACUCGUCAUUUUGGCCACUUAUUGGCUUUACGUAUGUACACACUUGGUAUCAAAUCAGAGAAAGCAUCGAGGAAUUCAUCAAGGAGAAAAUGAAGCAUGGUGCCGAUACGCACGUCUACAUUAGCUACGGAUUGCUUGCACUUUUUGGCCUUGGCGCCUUUUUUAUAUGCCUGAGCCAUUGUUGCUGCGAACGCAAGCAAGGCCAUCGUCAUUUGUUUCCCAACAAAAAUAUUUUUGCUAUCUCUUGCACCUGAAAGGGGAGGAGGAUCUUACUGCUAAUUAAAUGAAGUUUGUUCAGCACCAUUAUCAUGGCAAGAAGAAAACAGAGAUACCCGCCGUUUUCAUUUCUUUUGUGUGUGUGUGCGUGAGUAUGCAGUAUAAGGUUGCAGUGUAAGGUUUGCGAAAUAGAGGAAAUCUUGCCGCACUCAUCUGAAAAACAGAUGUGUGAAUGAACGAAUGAAAUUGUUGAAAAUAAACGGUCCAAACAAACUUU